AUGAUGGAGGGCUGUCCACCUGUAAAUCAGUUCUUUUCGCAUUGUUGUCUUUUCGCCAUAAGUGUAGCAGGCAAGACAGACAUCGGCCACUGGAUGUUCGAGGCCACUUGUCGAACAGGGCCGAGCAGGUUUGCCUCCCAGAUAUUUUGCAGCUGCUGCAUUGUCUCCCAAAGCGUCGUGCUGCCUGCCCCCACGUGCGCUAUCCUGCGUGUUUCCACUGCAGCGACGGUCUUGCAACGCGAACGUUGCCAGUUGAUGCUGCUCUGGACCAUGGAGCACAGCAUGUCUUGCUGUCAUCUUCCAGCUUUCGGCGAGCAUGGGAACAGUGCAGUGGAUGCUGAUGCAAGCUGCACCACCGCAGUGGUGCUGUGUGCUGCGCCCGGGACCUCCUUCGAUUUACAAGUUCGGCGGCAUUGCAGGCCAUGCACACCAGUGGGGGUUGCUCGUGUGCACAGCUCGAUCGGGCGAGAUUUGCUGUCCUGUGGGGGCGUGUGCAAGGCACGGUAA